AUGGAAAACUUCGAAAUUCCACCGUAUCCGAUUUUGUCGACGCCGGAUUUGUUGAAUUUUUCGCGGCACGUUUUUGAGAUGAUUCAGGUGAGCCACUUUUUUUUUUGAAAAAAAAUUAUUGAAUUUUAAAUUUGCAUUUUUUUGAGACCAAAUAUGACCGGGUUACGGUGAUUUAAAGGGAGCUACAGUAUACCUUGCAGUUCUGUUUAAUUAUUUGAAAGGAGCUACAGUAUACCUUUCAGUUCUGCAUAAGUAUUUAAAGGGAGGUACAGUAUACCUUGCAGUUUUGUUUAAUUAUUCAAAGGGAGGUACAGUAUACCAAAAAAAUCUGAAAUUUCUCAAAUUUUCCAGAAAAAAUACAACACUCCGGGCCGAAUUCUACCCGUUCCGCUUCUUUCCGCAACCCCUUCCGCAACCCCUUCCGCUUCCGCCUCCUUUUCUCCGUCAACAAGUAGUAGCGGCGGAACCUACAGUACCCACAGUAGUCCGAAUUCACCCGACAACAAGAAGAGCCCAGUGGUGAGUUUUUUUUGUUAGACCGCAAGCUUCCGCGCGGAAGCUUGCGGAAUGCGGAACAUAUUUUUGCAGACGUGUAAAUGUGCGAUUUGUGGCAAAAAAUUCAGCCGGCAAUGGUUGCUGCAGGGACAUUUGAGAACGCAUAGUAAGUGAUUUUUUGGCUGAAAAUUUUUGGCUGAAAAUUUUUCUGAAAUCUGAAAUUCAAUUUUCAGCCGGCGAAAAACCGUUUCAAUGUGAGAUUUGUGAGAAGCGAUUUGCGGACAAAAGUAAUUUGCGAGCACAUAUUCAGACGCAUUCUGGUGAGUUUUUUUCAUGGCCUAGAAAUCCAAAUUCAAUUUUUUUUGGUUUUCUAGGCCAUGUGGAUUUCUAGCCGUGAAAAUUGCGAUUUUUUGAAACUAAAUAUGACAGGUUUCUGACCAAAAUUCAUAUGGCCUAGAAAUCCAAAUUCGAAUUUUUUUUCGGUUUUCUAGGUCAUGUGAAUUUAGGUCAGAAACCUGUCAUAUUUAGAUUCAAAAAAUCGCAAUUUCCACGGCUAAAAAUCCACAUGGCCUAGAAAACCAAAAAAAAAUUGAAUUUGGAUUUCUAGGCCAUAUGAAUUUCUAGCCGUGAAAAUUGCGAUUUUUUGAAUCCAAAUAUGACAGGUUUCUGACCGAAAUUAAUGUGGCCUAGAAAUCCAAAUCCAAAUUCGAAUUUUUUUGGUUUUCUAGGCCAUGUGGAUUUUUAGCCGUGAAAAUUGCGAUUUUUUGAAUAUAAAUAUGACAGGUUUCUGACCAAAAUUCAUGUGGCCUAGAAACCCAAAUUCAAUUUUUUUUGGUUUUCUAGGCCAUGUGGAUUUUUAGCCAUGAAAAUUGCGAUUUUUUAAAUUUAAAUAUGACAGGUUUCUGACCUAAACUCACGUGGCCUAGAAAUCCAAAUUCGAAUUUUUUUUGGUUUUCUAGGCCAUGUGGAUUUCUAGGCGUGAAAAUUGCGAUUUUUUGAAUCUAAAUAUGCCUGAUCAAAUCCCCGUGGCCUAGAAAUCCAAAUUCAAUUUUUUUUUUGAUUUUCUAGGCCAUGUAGAUUUCUGAGCUUGCAAAAUGCGAUUUUUUGAACCUAAAUAUGACAGGUUUCUGAUCUAAAUUCAUGUGGCCUAGAAAUCCAAAUAUGAAUAUUUUUUGGUUUUCUAGGCCAUGUGAAUUUAGGUCAGAAACCUGUCAUUCAUUAGAUUCAAAAAAUCGCAAUUUUCACGGCUAAAAAUCCACGUGGCCUAGAAAUCCAAAUAUGAAUUUUUUUUUGGUUUUCUAGGCCAUAUGAAUUUUGAAAUUUUAGAAAUCCAAAUUCAAUUUUUUUUCGGUUUUCUAGGCCACCUGGAUUUUUAGCGCGUAAUUUUCACGUUUUUCGGCUACAAUUUUGCCUGAUAACAUCCACGUGGCCUAGAAAUCCAAAUUCAAAUUUUUUUUGGUUUUCUAGGCCACCACCCCCUUUAUUUUCUUCGGCCAUAAAACGGUGCCAAAUUGUCGUGAUUUAUUGAUUUAUUUAUACAUUUUUGACACAUGUGAGUGUGUAAAAAACAUGUGUGCGCGAAAAAAGUUUUUUUUUUUUUUUUUUGCCACGUGGCAAUUCAAAUUUUAAAAUUUCUAAUUUUUUCAGGCGAAAAACCCUUUAAAUGUUCGAGAUGUGGAAAACAAUUUGCACUGAAAUCGUAUUUAUCGAAACACGAGGAGUCGAAAUGUUUAAGACGAUUUUUUGUCUGA